AUGGCACAUGGCUGGCGUAUCUUCGGCAUCUUCAGCACAAUUGCCAUUUAUAUCUACAUCUGGGUGUACUUGAGAAGACGACUCGGGUCUAAGCCCCGCGAUACACGUCAAUUGCGAUGUGAUGCACCAUCUAGCAAUCAAAUUGCAUCCCUUCCAUUCAAGAGCCCGAAAAGAAGCGGAUUCCAGGUCAUGGGCGAGGAAGAAGCCGAACUUGAUCUAUUUGAGCGAGGACAACCAAGCAUAGCAGCGACUAACCCGGAGACGUUCUGUGAGGAAUGUCAAGCGCCUCUUUCCCCUCAAGAUACCAGAUUCAAGGAGAUCAAUAUUGAAUUGGGAGAAAGAUCCCCAGCCGCUUCUAGUGAGACAAAAGGAGGCGUCGUGCGGCAUCGACCUACAGCAUCGAAAUCUGGAGCGGAUCCGACAACACUAGAAGAUUCCAGCAGUCUAUAUUCCAAGCCAUCUCAGGCAAGGCAGUCUCAGCAAAGUCAGUUGAGCGUAUUGCAAACCAACGGGAGUGAAUUCCAUAUGCGCCCAGAUGCUGAUCAAGUCGAACUUGAGAUCAAGAGAAUGCUGCUACUUAACGCAUACCCCUUUAUGUAUGUUCUUCUCUGGAUGCCUGGACUCAUUAACCGACUUAUGGAAGCGUCUGGGAAUCCGAACUCGAAAACAAUCAACGUGGCGCUUCAAGCUCCAACACAGUUUAUUGGGCUGGCGAAUGCUUUGACGUAUGGUUUCAACCAUUAUUUAAGAGAUAGGCUGAAGGAUCUGUAUCUUCGACCGAUGAUUGCGAGGGUAAAGGAUCAAAUGGGGCUCUCUUGA